AUGGAAAACCCUCACGAAGAACAACAAAGAAUGUUAUUAAGUAGAAUUGUUAAAAACGUCGAAAAACUUAAUGAUGUGUUGGAAGAUAUGAAUAACCGAAUCCAAGAAAUAAAUGAAUACAAUCGGGACAUAGUCAUCCUUUCUCAAUUCUGGUCAAAUUACAAUAGAAGUGUUACUUUUAAUCUUGAAAGUAUGCAAAAGUUGGCGAAUGGUUAG